AUGGGAGCGCCGAAGAAAGAAAAGAAGCAUAAAGCUCACGGCGGCCAUCAUAAACAUGCAGGUGAAGAUUCAACAAAAGUUCGCAAGCACAAACAUCAUAAAAAAGAGAAGAAACACAUUAAAAGUGAACACAAACAUAACAAGGAACGUAAAACAGUGAAAGCGGUCGAAAAACUAGCCAAACAGAAGAAGAGUUCCGGUAAGGACGAAUUUGUUUCAGCAAACAGUGGUCAAGAUCCGGGUGAAAAAGAAGAUCUUGGUGGUGGCGAUGUAUCACUCAGCGUCGCAGAGACAAACAAACUUCGUGCAAAGCUCGGCCUUCCUCCUUUAGACGUUGACCAGUCGAAAGGUACAGAAUCUGCUCCACGCGUGAACCCAGAUGGUAGUACUGAAAGAGUUGUUACCGUUGAUGGUAGUACAUUCGUGCAUAAGCCAGCAUUAAAUAUCAGCUCGAAGAAGCAGCAAGCAAAGAUUCGCGAGAAGCUACAGAUUAUGAAAGAAAGACGAGAGCUUGCAGAGAAACUUAGACUUUUCCGUGCUACCGAAGAUGAAGAAGAAUUGUCCACCGCAGAAUGGGUGCAGAGGAACAGAAAACUGGAAGAGGAGCGACGCUUAGCCGAAGAAAAGGCGAAGACAUUCGAAGAAGUCGACAAAGUUUUCGAAGAUCCCAACACCUUAAAACCUGAAUAUACGUCUGAGAAUCUCGCUGGUCUGACCAUAGAACAUCCGAAAGAAGCGUUUCUCAACCAACGGGAAACCGUCCUCGUCCUCAAAGACAAGGACGUCCUCGACGAAAGCGAAGAUAUUCUGGUUGAUCCAAAAUUGACUGACGAAGAACAUUGGAAAGAAAACGUCGAAUUGAGGAAGCGCAAGCCGGAUUACAAUCCUUAUGAGGAAGAAUUGGACGAGUUUGGCAACCUGAAGGAAAAAGUUCUUCUGAAAAAAUAUGAGGAAGAAAUUCAUGGAAAGACUAAAGAGUCUUUUAAAGUUGGCGAAUCUGGCGAAGUUGACGUAUCAGAAAGAAUGAAGGCUCUUAAGGCCUUGGCUCAAACGAAAGGCAAUUCUCAGUCACUAGAUUCUAUUCCCUUGCGGAUCGCUAGCGAGUAUUACAGCGCGGAAGAGAUGGCGAAGUUUCGGAAGCGAAAAAGGAAGGUAAAACGAACAAGGAAGCGUGACAGUGAUCUGAAAGCUGACACUUUAGUUCAAAACUCUGAGGUGUUGGAUGAAGAUUACGGUAGCAGGCAACGCGGUCGAGGCCGCGUACGUGAGGAAUACGAAGAAGCGACGACUCAGGACAUGUCUACCGUCAAACAAGAAGAACAAAAACCAGAUUUAUCUUUUCUUAAAAUUGAAACAAAUGAUAUGGAAGAAGAGGAAGAUUUGAGCAAGAUUAUAAUCGAGGAUGAAGCGGAAGACGAGCUACAGGCAGAGCUUGAUCGUGCUCGCAGGGCAAAACUAGCCGAACUGCGGUUAGAGUACCAGGCAGAACAGCCGGCGAAGAAGAUUGCUAAAGAGGUGAGAUCUCUCAUGAAGCACGAAGAAGAGGAAACCGGCGGAGGCCCGAACAUUGUCCUCGACGCCAUUUCUGAGUACUGUCGAGGACUGGGCGACAUUCCGACAUACGGUCUGUCGGGAAAUCGGGAUGACGUCAAUGAAGACGAACUUAUGAACGUUGAAAGAGUAGCCACACCUGAAACGAGCAGAGAUGAGCCUGAAAGCCGCGGUCAGUGGGUAGAGGCCGAAUUUGAGGAACAUGAAAAAACAGUUUCCCAUGCAUCAUCUUCUGAAGAAAAUGGCGAAGCUGAGUCAGGGCCGAUAUUGGAAGAUGAACCUGAAGUGAGUAAAAGCGUUUUCUCCGCAUUGUCGUUGGCGCAUCAAAAAGGGUACCUCGAGAAGCAGAAUGGCGAUAACAAUUCUGGCAUGCGAUUGUCACACCUCCAAGCUCAGAAGUUUACGAUUCUCGAUCGACAGUUUCACGACAUCGACGACAAAUAUGCCAAAAAGUUACAGCGAAUGGGCCAUGGCGGAGGACCGAUAGUCGACUUUCAAGAAAAGCGCAGCUACGUUCCGGACGUUAAGCUGGAAUAUGCUGACGAAUACGGCCAGCUGAUGGACGAAAAGAACGCUUUUCGUUAUUUGUCAUGGAAGUUCCACGGCAAAACGCCCGGCAAGAAGAAAAUCGAAAAGCGGGUAAAAAAGUUACUCGAGAGUGAGCUCAUGAACCAGAUGAGUUCAACUGACACUCCGCUUGGUACCCUACAGAAGCAGAUAUCCAAACAGAAGCAGUUGCAACUGCCGUAUAUUGUACUAAGUGGAGCCGGAAGUAAAGAGAUUGGGUAA